AUGCUGAGCGCACGUGCUGUUUCCCGAGUCUCUGCUGGCUCUAUGCGCUGCCGAGUUGCUGCUGUGACAAUGUCUACCGCAAUUAGCUCUGCACGCUUCGCCUCCACCUGGGCUAACGUUCCCCAGGGCCCUCCUGACGCCAUUUUGGGUAUCACCGAGGCGUUCAAGGCUGAUACCGCUUCGCACAAGAUUAAUUUGGGCGUCGGUGCCUAUCGCGACAACGAAGGCAAGCCUUUUGUCCUGAACACUGUUCGUGAGGCCGAGAAACGGGUCGUUGGCAAGAAGCUCGAUAAGGAGUACGCUCCCAUCACUGGUCUGGCCAACUUCUACACUGCUGCUGCAGAGCUUGCCUACGGCAGCAACUCGGCUCCCAUCAAGGAGAACCGUUUGGCUGUCUCCCAGACCAUUUCUGGUACCGGUGCUCUGCGGGUUGGCGCUGAGUUUUUGGCCAAGUUCCUGCCCUCCAAGAAGAUCUUGUUGCCCACCCCCAGCUGGGCCAACCACAAGGCAGUGUUCUCUGCUGCUGGUCUUGAGGUCGGCCAGUACCGUUACUACGACAAGUCCACCAUCUCCUUGGACUUUGAUGGACUCAAGGCUGACUUGGAGCAGGCUGCUCCCGGCACCGCCGUCCUCCUGCAUGCCUGUGCCCACAACCCUACAGGUGUUGACCCCACUAAGGAGCAGUGGCAGGCUAUUUUCAACGUCGUCAAGGAGCGCCAGCUGUUCCCCCUUUUCGACAUGGCUUACCAGGGCUUUGCCUCCGGCGACUGCGACCGUGAUGCCUACGCCGUCCGCUACUUUGUCGACAAUGGGCUGCCCGUGGCUCUGAACCAGUCGUUCGCUAAAAACAUGGGUCUUUACGGUGAGCGUAUUGGUGCUUUCUCUAUUGUCUGCGAGUCGCCCGAAGAAAAGGCCCGCGUUGAUUCGCAGCUCAAGAUUAUCGUCCGUCCCUUGUACUCCAACCCUCCUAUCCACGGUGCUCGCAUUGCCGCGGAGAUUCUCAACGACGCUCAGCUCAAGCAGCAGUGGCUCGGCGAGGUCAAGUCCAUGGCCGACCGCAUGAUUGAGAUGCGCAGCUUGUUGCGCGAGAAACUCGAGAACCUCGGCUCCAAGAAGGACUGGUCGCACGUCACCUCCCAGAUCGGCAUGUUCUGCUACACGGGCCUGUCUCCCGAGCAGGUUGAUCGGUUGGCCAGCGAGUUCAGCGUUUACGGCACCCGUGAUGGCCGCAUCUCCAUCUGCGGUAUCAAUGCCAGCAACGUCGACCACCUUGCUAAGGCUAUUUUCGCUGUCUCUGGUUAA